UGAACUUCAUGCACAUAGUUUUAACUAUAUUAUUAUCUUAAAGCAACAUUUUGAAUUAAUUCAUUAAGAAAUUGUUCCAUAGAAUUUAUAAUAAUCAAUAAUCCCACAUAGAAGCAUACUAAAUAUAUAUAUAUUAUAUAUAGGUCAUAUUUUAAUUUAAUGUAGAUUAGAGAACAGUAGUCCAGAGUAUUGACUAGUCUAACAAUUAAACUCGUAGAAGCUUAAAGUAACUGUAUUUCAGCUGCACUUAAAGAUAGCUUUAUUUUGAGUGUUCUACGGCAUUAAAUAUUAUUAUUAAUUUUUGUGGAACCUUGAAAAAUAGCCUUUAAAGUUCAAGUACAGGUAUAUUUGAUAAAUCCAAGACAUUGUUCACAGUGGAAGGGAAUGGCUGCUCCUUGGAAAUAUAAAACAUUCAUUGAAACAUGAUGUGUUAUGUAAAGAUGCAGGAAGGAGGAGUGUGCUGUAAAUUUGACAGCCCUACGACGGAGUCUUUUGCUAUGGAAAUUAUACUGGAGGUCGGUUGUCAAGGUACACGUCCGUCAGACGGAACGUGACUGUACAUGACGACACACACUGUAACGAGAUGGUCUCAUAUGGGGUGUGCUAAUACAAAGACUGGGGCAGCAGCUGCCCCCCAAGAAGUUUCCGGCGGAACAGAAACAACAUCUGUGAAAUCCCCGGAGCAUACAAAUACUGGAGUCACAGACGGAACUUCGUCUGACCCGGAAAAUAGUCAUUCAAAUGGUCAAACAAAUGGAGAUAUAGACACAGAAAAUUCUACUGGUGCAACAGGGCAGAAUACUGGAGACGCCGUUAAAAAAAAGGAUGUAAAUAGUAAAGAGGCGGAACCAGCUUCAGAAGCUAACACGGACGCAUACACGGCAAAGAGACAUGAGGAGACAGCACCAGUGAUCUCUAAUGAAGAAGCUAAAACACAAAGUGACACUCAAAAGACUGAAGAAAGUGCUGAGAAUAAAAUUAAUGAAGACAAAAUGAUAAAUGAAGAUGCUACAAGUAAAACAAUCAUAGCCGAAUCUACAGAGGAAAAUGCAACAAAAGCUAUUGAAGAGGAUCCUAACAGUUCUCCAAAUGAUGGUCCUGACAGCGGAGAAAAGCCACAAGAUCCUGAAGCGGAAAAUGCAGAACUUGAUAAUACGAUUACCAACCUGGACGCAGAGAAAGACAAAAGAACAGAAGAUAUGGGUGAGAAUGGUUGUGGAGAAGAGCCAAUCACAACCACUAAAGUUGAAAGUGGAGGCGCCAAAAAAGAAAACGUCGAAGUUUAAGAAGUGGUGAGGAAAAGCUAAUGUGAAACUUCAUUACGGUUCACUAUAGUCUUAACGUACAAUGAUGAUGUACUUUUACAACGAGUUGUGAGUGUUUAGAUACAUCUUCAACUUUCCAUUGGUGUUGGUUAACUUAUACCAACAAGGCAAUGAUGUGCAUGUACGUGUACAUAUGACUCCUGCCUUGAUAAUUCCAUGCUGGUUGAACCCUGCACUUUAACUUUUCACAGACUUUUGUAAAUGCUGGUUGAACUCUGCACAUUCACUUUUCACAGGUUUUUGUUAAUUCUGGUUGAACUCUGCACAUUAACUUUUCCCUGACUUUUGUUAAUUCUGGUUGAACUCUGCGCGUUACCUUUUCACAGAUUUUUGUAAAUGCUGGUUGAACUCUGCCCAUUAACUUUUCACAGACUUUUGUAAAUGCUGGUUGAACCCUGCAUAUUAACUUUUCACAGACUUUUGUAAAUGCUGGUUGAACCCUGCAUAUUAACUUUUCAUAGAUUUUAAUAUAAUUCGUUGUAUUCUCAAAAACACGCCCCAAAAGAACUUUUAAGCCAAAACAUAAUUUUUGUUUAUCUAGAGACUCCGAUGUGAAUAUAUAACUAGUUUCGAAGUGUACUUAAGAUACAUGCAUAGAGGGUUCGUAUAAUCCAAAGUAACGUUUGUUAAAUGUACUUAAAAGUUCAGAAAACAUGUUCAAAUUAUUCUAGUAAGUUGUUUUGGUUUUUACAGGGGCACAGUGAAUUGAAAUAAUGGAUUUUUAUUAGCAUAUUUUGACUUCAUUCACACAACAUGUGUUUUUUAAAGCACUUAGUGAUUUAGAAAUGAGAAGUCUUGAUAGAACUAUCUAUAAUGUUGUCUUCAUUAUUGUUAAUAGCUGAAAUUUAGAAAGAGAAUGAGAGUUAGAACUUAUAAUUCCCUUGGUAUUUAAAGUAUGUAUAAGACUUAUUUGUGCUUUUGUCUUAUCAUUAUCUUAUACUGAACUAAAUCAAAUAAACCUGUUAGAAAUUCUCUAAAAGGUUCAUGCAUGUCAAAAAU